AUGAAAGUUGAAGGCUUUCCCAGUAAAAGCACCAUUUCAGCAAUCAAACGCGGCUUUCAGAGUCAGUGUGUUUCCAAUGUCAAAUUGGAUGGUGAAGAUUUUGUGUCAAAAUUGCUUGAUAGAAGAUGGACAUUGCCCCACCCAGAUGCCAAAAUUCACCAAGUAAUGCUCUCCACUAGCAAAGUAUCACAACCAGGCAGAGCCUUCUCUGAUGUUUCCUUCUUCAACAAAAUUAACCCAUAUUUUAGUCAUGGUUUGAUGGACAAGGACGAUCGAGAACCUUCUUUCUUUAUUGUGAGGGAUGACCUGUUGCAUCCGUUGAUAAAUGGUAAUAAAGCUAGAAAAUUGGAUGGAUUGAUUCCCCUUGUCGAAGAUCACUCAGUGACUCAUGUGGUCACAUGUGGAGGUUGUCAAAGUGCACAUGCGGCAGCUGUUGCUGUUUCAUGUUCGGAGAGAGGACUAAAAUCACAUUUACUUCUACGAGGGGAGCAGCCUGAAAUACUAACAGGCUAUAACUUGAUGUCAACAAUAUAUGGAAAUGUCACAUAUGUUCCAAGAUCUCUUUAUGCCAAUAGGGAAAAGAUGUUAAAGAGCCAUGCUGAUUAUUUGGCAGGCAGCAGUGGUAAUGUCAUAUGGUUUGAUGAUAUUUUGGAGGCUUCUUUGAGUGAAAAUGAUGGUGCUAUGAGCUUUUUGCAAAAGGAUGCUUAUAGAAGUGACCAUCCUCGGAAAAUCGUAAUUGUUAACGAAGGUGCAGGAGAUGUUGUAGCAUUACUAGGCCUGAUUCGCCUAGUGCAGUACUUAUCCCAGAAUCACAUACUUGGGAAAGAAAGGCCCUUGAAGCUUGUUGUAGAUGCUGGAACUGGGACAACAGCUGUUGGUUUAGGACUUGGAGCCAAAUGUUUGGGGCUCCCAUGGGAGGUAACUGCAGUGAUGCUGGCUGAUACAAUUGAUGGGUAUAGACGUCAAGAGAAGCGUUUGAUUUCCGAUUUCAAGAGGCAUUUUGGUCUACAAAUUGACCACUGCUUUGAUGAAAUAGAUAGAGGACUUGUGCACUGGGUAGAACGUUGCCAUCCAAGAAAGUUUGGCAAUGUUUUAGAAGGGGAGGUAGAGGCAUGUCAACACAUUGCACAACAAACUGGUAUAUUAGUGGAUCCAGUGUAUACACUUGCUGCGUGGGAGAUGUCAACGGUCCUUCGUGAACAGGAAGCAGAAGGAGGUGGUGCAACAGUGGUGAUGCUUCACACUGGAGGCACUCUAGGCAUGUUUGGAUUAGCACAGAGAUACAAAUCUUACUUCUCUAACCUCAAAGCUGGGCUUUCCAACUAA